AGUAUGCAGAGCCAGCCCCUCGGCCCUUUCCCUGUCCCACAGCCCAGGGGCUGGGGCUGGGGGGGUGCUGGCCUCGAGGGUGGAGGCAGGGGAUGGGGCACGACUCAGACUGAAGAGAUCUUAGCCCACAGGGGCUCCCCUGGGGGCACUGCCCAGGAGACAGGGGAAGAAGACUAGACCAGGGCCCCCAAACCCUGCCACUUUGCCAGAAAGGACUUUCUAAGUGGAAAAAGCCACGGGACUGGGAGGGAGGGGGAAUGGGGGUCUGUGGGAGGCCAGGCUCCUCUGUCCCAGGCUGGGCUCUGGAAAGAAGCAAGUGGGCAGUCUGAGCCCACCCACUUUUGGCCUCAGUUUUACCAUCUAUUCAAGGGAACGGUGUGGGUGGAAGAGGAAAAACGGAGCCAUAGAGAGCAAGGUUUCAAACCUAAGCCCCCUCAAGUCUCUGAGUUGCAGGCUUGGGGGCUGCGGGUGGGAUCUGACGCUCCGGAAUGCUUCUACUCAGGUUGCUGUUGGUGUCAGGAAGUCCUCCCUGCUAUCUGCCCUCCACUCAAGGCUUCCUGCUCUACUGCUAUUGGCCCUGGAUGCCACACUUGGGAUUGCUGGGGGAAAGCCCCUCCAGGCCCCGCGCCGCCGCCGCCGCCCGGGCCGUGACCUCGCCCGCCGCCGCCGCCGCGAUGGCGCAGGAGAACGCCGCCUUCUCGCCGGGGCCGGAGGAGCCGCCGCGGCGCCGCGGCCGCCAGCGCUACGUGGAGAAGGACGGCCGCUGCAACGUGCAGCAGGGCAACGUGCGCGAGACGUACCGCUACCUGACCGACCUCUUCACCACGCUGGUGGACCUGCAGUGGCGCCUGAGCCUGCUCUUCUUCGUGCUGGCCUACGCGCUCACCUGGCUCUUCUUCGGCGCCAUCUGGUGGCUGAUCGCCUACGGCCGCGGCGACCUGGAGCACCUGGAGGACACGGCGUGGACGCCGUGCGUCAACAACCUCAACGGCUUCGUGGCCGCCUUCCUCUUCUCCAUCGAGACGGAGACCACCAUCGGCUACGGGCACCGCGUCAUCACCGACCAGUGCCCCGAGGGCAUCGUGCUGCUGCUGCUGCAGGCCAUCCUGGGCUCCAUGGUGAACGCCUUCAUGGUGGGCUGCAUGUUCGUCAAGAUCUCGCAGCCCAACAAGCGCGCCGCCACGCUCGUCUUCUCCUCACACGCCGUGGUCUCCCUGCGCGACGGGCGCCUCUGCCUCAUGUUCCGCGUGGGCGACCUGCGCUCAUCUCACAUCGUCGAGGCCUCCAUCCGCGCCAAGCUCAUCCGCUCGCGCCAGACGCUCGAGGGCGAGUUCAUCCCGCUGCACCAGACCGACCUCAGCGUGGGCUUCGACACGGGCGACGACCGCCUCUUCCUCGUCUCGCCGCUCGUCAUCAGCCACGAGAUCGACGCCGCCAGCCCCUUCUGGGAGGCGUCGCGGCGCGCCCUCGAGAGGGACGACUUCGAGAUCGUCGUCAUCCUCGAGGGCAUGGUGGAAGCCACGGGAAUGACAUGCCAAGCUCGGAGCUCCUACCUGGUGGACGAGGUGCUGUGGGGCCACCGCUUCACGUCUGUGCUGACCCUGGAGGAUGGCUUCUACGAGGUGGACUAUGCCAGCUUCCACCAGACCUUUGAGGUGCCCACACCCUCGUGCAGCGCCCGGGAGCUGGCUGAGGCCGCCGCCCGCCUUGACGCCCAUCUCUACUGGUCCAUCCCCAGCCGGUUGGAUGAGAAGGUGGAGGAGGAGGGUGCAGGGGAGGGGGCGGGUGAAGGGGCUGGGGCUGACAAAGAGCAGAAUGGCUGCCUGCCACCCCCAGAGAGUGAGUCCAAGGUGUGACCAGUUUCCUCCAGACCCCUGUGGUGGGGCCAGACACAGGUAUCUGGGGAGCUGGAUAUCGGAGGUGGAGGAAGCAGGCAAGGUCCCUGGGAAUGCACCAAAGAGAGCCCCCUCAGAAUCUCAGGUCUAGGAUCCAACAUGGAAGGGAGGGAUCCUGAUUUCAAAAGAAUAGAGGGUGGGAUGGGUGAACUUACCAGCCUGUCUGUGUUUGACCUUCACAUCUGUUCAUGGGUCGAUGAAUGGGCAGGAGGGUGGACCUACAUGGGGUCCAUGGGAAGAUGGAAGCAGAGGGAGACAGCAGGUGGAUAGGUCAAUGGACCAACAGACAGGUGGUGCACUCUGGGCUGCCACUAACUCACAGAGCAUCUCUGUGCAAAUUCUAAAAAGGCACUCUUUUCCUCCAGACUGACAACACCUCAAACCAGAGUGCAUGGCUUGGGGAGCAGGGUGUAGGCUGGAUUUUAGUGCCCACUCACCUUGUCAGCCAGCCGGCCUGUGUGUGGCACACCUGUCUCACUGGACAAAGUAGCCAAGCUGACCCAGAGGAGAGAAGGCUGGACGGAGGUGGACAGAGAUAAGGCGGGCACCCUCCCAGCUCCACCCACACCGCUGCAACAGGCUGAUAGGGAGGGCAAAAGGCUGCAGGGGCGGCCCAGCCGUGUGUGCCAGGAAACAGGCCACGCGGGAGAUGCCUGAGCUGGGGCCCCGGGAGAGGGAGACCGGGUUGGCUCUUUUCUGACUGUGGAGGGAGAUCUCAUAAGUACCACUGCAGAGGCAGGAGGGGAGAAAGAAGUUCUGAGGAUGAAGAAAGGCCCAGGGAGAGCUGGGACACAGGGCCCUCAGCAAAGCAGAAUUAGUCUUAGGGCACAGUGAGAAGGAGUCACUCAAAUGGUUCACUGGGUGCCCACUGAGUACAGAGCACUGACCCGGGCAUAUGUCGGGAGGACAGUCAGAGCCCCGAUUCCUAUCCUCGGAGUGGAGUGCGUGUGGGAAAGACAGAAGUACGCCUGCGGCAACUGUUUCAAACUGAGAGUGUGGGUGAUCUCUCCGAGCAGGGGGUGGGAGAGUUUGGUCAUCUGAAAGCUAGGGAUUGAGUCAGACCUAGAGACUGACGGAGCCAGCAGUCAUGAACUUGGGUGGGCCUCACAGCCACCGGGAGGGCUUGGAACACAGGUGGCUGGGCCCCGCUGCCAGUUUCUGACCCCAUAGGUAUGGGAUGGAGACCAAAACUUUGCAUUUCUAACUAGUCACAGGUCGUGCUGACGCUGCUGGAACAGGGACCAUGCUUUGAGAAGCCCUGCCCUAAGCAAAGACCUGGAGGUCCUGUCAGGAAGGGGGGCAUGCCAGGAGAGGCUGAGGCUCCUUGGGGAGGAGACUGAGGUAUCAUGGGUGGAGAAUUGUCGGGGAUGGGGGGAAAGGGGACCCUGAAACCCAGGCUGAAGAGUUUAACUCUGGACCCAGGGACUCACCCGUCAUUGGAAAUAGGGUGGUGACAAGAGGACAAGAUGGCGUUUUGGAGACAAGCAGGCAAGACAGCUAGGACGGAGCCGUCAGAAGGCCUUCGGGGGAGCCCUGCGGGGGCUGGGGGGAGCCAAAGCAGGGAGGACAUCAGUGGCAAAAGGUGGAAUCCCUCAUAGGAUUUAAGAUGCAGGAUUAAAUGUGGGAGAAAACGUGAGAGAGAAGUGAGGAGUCCGGACAUCCGGAUGUGGCAGGGGCCUGCUACCUGCCCAGCUAGGACAAGAGCCCCAGAGGCAUGCUCCCGUGCCACGUGCGCCCCUUGCUGGUGUCAUCCCAGGCACCAGGACAACCUCCCAGGAUGGUAAUGGGAGACAAGGGGUGGAGGGAAAGGGGACCUGAGGCUGAGAGAGAAGCGCGCGCACAGGCGGACACGCCCUCCGGCAGCACUGGCCCCGCAGUGACCGUCCCUUGGCCCUGGCUACCCCCACUCCUGCCCUGUAAUGAAAGUCUGAGCCUGGUGAGGGGAAGCACCCCAGAGUGCUCCAUUCCAGACUGGGAAGCUGAGGUCCUGCGGGACGCUGUGCCUUCUGGAAGCAGGAAAAGGGGCCAUGGAGGGAGCCAACACCAGCGUGUGUCCACUCAGAGAGGUCACCCUUUGCCUCAGGUCACAGGGUCACCUGGGUCACCAGCAGUCAAAGAU